CUUUUAUUUAAUUAAAAAAAUGGUUGUCAAAUCACUUGCUCACAAAAGAAUUGUACAUAAGAGAACAAAGAGAUUUGUUAGAUUUGAAUCAGAGGAUUAUCCACAUAAAUUGAGACCAAGUUGGAGAAGACCAAGAGGUAUUGAUAACAGAGUCAGAAGAAGAUUCAGAGGUAAUAGACCUAUGCCAAAAUCAGGAUAUAGAAGCGAUAAAAAAACAAGGUAUAUAAACAAUAAAUCAAUAUAGAUAUUUAGAUUAAUCAGGUUUCAGAAAAUUAUUAAUUACUAAUGAAAAAGAUCUUGAAUUAUUGCUUACUAAUAACAGAACAUUUGCAGGUGAAUUGGCUCAUAAUCUCUCAGCUAGAAAAAGAGCAACACUUGUUAGAAGAGCUGCUGAACUUAAUGUAAGAUUGACAAAUGGCAAAGGUAAAAUAAGAGCAGAAGAAAAAAAAGAAUGAUUUCAUUUGCCCAAUAUAAAAAACAUAUACAUUAAAUUAUAUAUA